CUUCUCGGUUCUCUUCCAGCUGAGCGAGGUUUUCCGGGGCGAUGGAGAAAGCUGCUGAGCGGGGGGGCGCUUGGAUUCCCCCCUUCCCCGGGUCGGAUAUCUCGGUUCCCGGCUGCCGCCGCUUGUUUGCAGCCGUCGCGGAGUGAGAUAACGGCCUAUAUUUACACCGGCAGUCCCGGCCGGGGGAGGGAGGAGGGGCAUCGCGGGGACCCCCGUCUACAGACAGGGCGGAGGGGACAGCAGUGGGAGCGGUUACCCCCAAGCACGGUAUCCAGCCGACCCCCUCACGAGGGGGAGAUUUUACUAAAGGCAGCAACGCCGCGGGGCGACCGGGAUGGGCGACGGCUCUGCCCGUGCGGUGCCUUUAAGAGCAGGGAGCAGUGUCCAGGUGCCACCUAAAAAUAGCGUGUAGCCCCCCUUCCUGGCUAAUCCCGUGUCGCGCGGCGUGUCCCUGCCCAGCGCCGGGACGGUGACUGUUUCCUUCCCGCGGGCCGGCCGGGGCUGUGGAGCACUGGUGAGAGCGGGAGCUCAACCCAACCCCAAAUCACCCCCAAAAGGCCGGUCGCAGCCCCAGCAGGGCAGCUGCGCCGUGGGGAGGAGAAAACAUGGCCUGGGAGUGGGGACGCUGCGGGGAGCACUUCUGCCACCACUGCUAACCGUGACUCGGGCUCUGGUAAAGCAAGGUCGGUGCUGGGGCAGGGGAAAAGGGAGACGCUAUCACCUUUUCCUGGCAGGGAAACCCUCUCCUCGCUCUGCUCGGGUGCUGCCUGCCUGCCAGGCCCCGCAGCCAUCCUCGGCACCAUGGUGAGGAACGUGGACGACUUUGACUUCUGCCUGCCUUCGCACGCCCAGGGCGUGCUGGAGGGGCUGCAGCAGAUGCGCACCAACCCUAAACUGGCCGAUGUGACACUGGUGGUGGGCGGGCAGGAGUUCCCUUGCCACCGUGGUGUCCUGGCUCUCUGCAGCCAUUACUUCUAUGCCAUGUUCUCCGGAGACUUCGCGGAGAGCAUCGCGGCACGGGUGGAGCUGAAGGAGGUAGAUCCCAGCGCGCUGGAGAUGCUGCUCAACUUCGCCUACACAGGGAAGGUCACCAUCAACCAAGGCAACGUGGAGGGGCUGAUGCGGACCUCCAGCCAGCUCCACUUCCCUGCUAUCCAGAAGGUCUGCAGCCGCUACCUCCGGCAGCAGAUGGACGCCACCAACUGCCUAGGUAUCUGUGAGUUUGGUGAGAGCCAUGGCUGCCCUGAGGUCUCCUCCAAGGCUUGGUCUUUCUUGCAGGAGAACUUUGAAGCCGUCUCUCUGCAGGAGGAGUUCCUCCAGCUCUCCAAGGAGAGGUUGGCCAUCUACCUCUCCAAUGACCAGCUGCAGGUGCAGGAGGAACAGAGCCUGGUCGAGGCUGUGCUGCGCUGGGUACGCCACGACCCGGGGCCCCGAGCCCAGUUCCUGCCCGAGCUGCUGGAGCUGACCCACCUGGUCUCACUGCCUGACCAGUACUUGCAGAACCUACUUGCCACUGAGCCCCUUGUCCGUGACUCAGAUGCCAGCAAGGCCCUCGUUGCCCGAUCCCGCACCAUGGGGCAGAGCAACACUGGUGCUCUGAAGAACACCCCAACCCCACCACAGAAGCUGGAGGAGGUGCUGGUGGUGGUUGGUGGCCGCGUGCUAGAGGAUGGAGAAGAUGAGGGAAGGGAGCUGGAAAUGCCAACUGCCUCCAGGAACUUUGCCUUCUACAACCCCAAAAGUAAGCGAUGGAUGGCUCUGCCUGACUUCCCUGAUUACAACAAAUGGGGCUUUUCCCUGGUGACUCUGAACAACGAUGUGUACGUCACAGGUGGCUCUCGGGGGUCCCAGAAUGAUACCUGGUCAACAACCCAGGCAUGGUGCUUCUGCCCCAGGGACGGCCUGUGGAAGCCCAUCACUUCCAUGCUGAGAGCCCGGACAAACCACACCAGCGCUGUCCUCAAUGGUGAGAUCUACGUCAUUGGGGGGACGACGGUGGACGUGGUGGAGGUGGAGUGCUAUGACCCCUACAACAAGAGCUGGUGUGCCAUCAGCCCAGCCCCCAAGUACGUGAGCAAUUUUGCAGCUGCCAGCUGCUCGGGCAAGCUCUACCUGGUGGGCUCCUGUGCCGUCAAGUACAACGCGCUCACUCUGCAGUGCUACAACCCUGUCCAAGGCGUGAUCCUGUGGGAUGCGAGCAGGUGCGAACAGGGGGCACUGCUGGCUGCGGCACAGGGAACAGGGCUCCAGCAGGAGCACGGCUGCCUGCAGCACGGACCUGAGUCGCAGACAUCCAACACAGGCUGGAGCUGAGCUUCAGUGGUGCGGGAUCUCUGGGGCAUAAGGGUGGGGGAGGCUGCCUGCCUUAGGAAGAAACUAACCCCCUGUGACAAUGCCACCUCCUUGGGUAGCCUCUCCCCCAUCCCGCAGCACUAGUACAGACCACAUCCUCAUUCCCUCUAUUUUUUAUGCAAGACUCUUGCCUGGGGUGGGGACUGUGGGCACCUGUCUGCCUGGCUACUCUGCCUCCUCCCUUUCAAAUUCCCCCUGAAAUAGCCAUGGGCUCGGCGAUGCUUUUUUCAGUCACUGGCAGCUGCAUCAAGAGCCAAGGGUGGGACACACUGCUAAUGCCUGCUCCUUGCAGAUUUGUGGAGUGUGAUCACAUCCCCCUUCAUCCCCAAGUACCUCUCGGCCCCACGCUGCGCCACCCUGCGCGGGCUCAUCUACCUCAUUGGAGACAACACCAAGAAGGUCCACGUGUACAACCCGGAGGCCAACA